CCUUCUCACUCAGUCGAGCUGCUGCUGCCACUGCUGACGACGCUGUUUUUAAACAUCUCUCAGGAUGACUCACCAGUUCCCAUCUCUGACCGUGGAGCAGAAGAAGGAGCUCUCUGACAUUGCUCAGAGGAUCGUGGCUCCAGGGAAGGGGAUCCUCGCUGCAGACGAGUCGACAGGCACCAUGGGAAAGCGUCUGCAGAAGAUCAACGUGGAGAACACUGAGGAGAACCGCCGCUCCUUCCGCGACCUCCUCUUCUCCUGCGACGACUCCAUGUCCAACUGCGUGGGAGGCGUCAUCUUCUUCCACGAGACGCUCUACCAGAAGUCAGACAGCGGCAAACUCUUCCCCCAGGUCAUCAAGGACAAGGGGAUCGUCGUUGGCAUCAAGGUGGACAAGGGCACAGCUGGUCUGAACGGAACUGAUGGUGAAACAACCACACAAGGUCUUGAUGGCCUCUCUGAGCGUUGUGCGCAGUACAAGAAGGACGGCUGCGACUUCGCCAAGUGGAGGUGUGUCCUCAAGAUCUCAGACGGCUGCCCGUCGGCCCUGGCAAUCGCUGAGAACGCCAACGUCCUGGCCCGCUACGCCAGCAUCUGCCAACAGAACGGCCUGGUGCCCAUUGUGGAGCCGGAGAUCCUGCCUGAUGGCGAUCACGACCUGCAGCGCUGCCAGUACGUCACAGAGAAGGUUCUCGCCGCCGUGUACAAAUCCCUGUCCGACCACCACGUGUACCUGGAGGGCACCCUGCUGAAGCCCAACAUGGUCACAGCUGGACACUCCUGCGCUAAGAAAUUCACCCCACAGGAGGUCGCCAUGGCAACAGUCACCGCACUCAGGCGCACCGUCCCUGCCGCCGUCCCCGGCAUCUGCUUCCUGUCUGGAGGUCAGAGCGAGGAGGAGGCCUCCCUCAACCUCAACGCCAUCAACAGAGUUCCCAUCCACCGUCCCUGGAAGCUCACCUUCUCGUACGGCCGUGCACUCCAGGCGUCUGCCCUCGCCGCCUGGCAGGGGAAGGCCGCCAACAAGGCUGCCGCCCAGGAGGCUUUCUGCAAACGCGCCAAGACUAACGGCCUGGCUGCCAAAGGAGAGUACAAUCCCUCGGGCGCAACUGACUCAGCCGCCACGCAGUCGCUGUACACCGCCAGCUACGUCUAUUAAACCAUGGCAAAGCAAACACACGGACCAAACAAAACACCGGCUCCCCCUGAAGUGACACAGAGGAGGGAGCCCAACCCAAACUUCUGUCUGUCCUUUCAGUGAAACGACGAUGAAUAAACGUGACCAAAUGUG